AUGGGAGAUCCGGCCAAGGCUGAGACCUGGAUUCGGGCCAUAGAACGUAUCUUCAAGUUCCUAAGGUGCACCGAUCAGGAGCGACUAUCGUGCGUGACCUACCAGCUCACUAGGUCCUUGGAAUUUUGGUGGGAGAUCAAUCAGCGAACGAUGUCACAGGAACAACUGGACGUCCUAACUUGGGAAAACUUUAAGGAGGAACUCUAUGAUAAGUAUAUCCCGAGGAGUUACCGCAAGGCUAAGGAGGCCGAGUUCUACAACCUAAAACAGGGGCGGAUGACCGUGACGGAAUAUGACCGUGCCCUAUGUGACAUGUCUCGAUAUGCAACGGAGCAGGUAAAUACUGACGAGAAAAUGUCAGAGAAGUUUUGUGCCGAGAAGCGGCUAAGAUCAGACAUUGACGAUGCAGUUGACGAUGUUAUUCCAGUUGACGAGAAUUAUGGUUUGGAGUGA